UUUGAUCUGGUAUUACUGCAAUUUGACCAGGGUAUUUGGCCAGGCCAACUGGUAUAUAAACCCGGCCUUUUCACUUAUUAUCAUUGUAUCCAGUUCGUCUCCAGCAAUAAAUCUUCUCCGCCUCGACUCCACAUCAACUGGCGAUCAGGAUCGACUACGCCGAGCAGCCAACUCAAUCAAGCAACGCCGACUACGAUUGAUGCUGACACACUACGUGCUAUUCUCAGUGCCCAAGCCGCUGCUCAGGAGAAGAUGCUACAGGCCGUCAUGAAGAAGAUGCAGGCAUGA